ACAUGCGCUUUAUGCUAUCCUUUCGCCCUUUCUUUCUCAAUAUCAUUACUAAACGAUACCUAAACCUAGUUUAUCGAAGCAAAUCCUAAAAUUUAUUUCGUUUUGCACACUGUUAUCGCUGCUACAAGGCUUGGAAUAUCUAGCGUGUUUAGCAGAGAGCAUUUAUACCUGGACAGUGGAGUUAUUUGGAGCACGUUUACGAAUUUCUCAACACAAUUUUGUAACAUACAAAAUCAAGCGAAGAAACGCCGUCCAAAAUGGCCGGUUUUAUCCUCAAGUAUAGGAUCUUCCUAAUGGCAAAAUAGGAGGGAAAGGUUGCCCGUACGAGUUUGUCCAUUUUCUUUAUUUCUAAGACGAGCUGAUGUCAUUUAGCGUGUUUUCCGUCCUGACGAACUUCGCCUUUUUUACCGAAAGUAUUAGCAGUGUUGUCCUGCUUUCUUGACCGUCCUAGUAUCAAUGGAGCCGAAUGAUGUUCCAUCACAGAGUCCAAUACAUUCAUCUAGGACCUUCUUCGACUCUACAAUGAUAGGCCAGCCUCCAAUCCUUCAGUCUCCUCCAUUACCUCAUGAGCACAGGUAUGGGCUGGCCCAAAUGCCGUCUGCAUUUUCUGUGAUUGGGAGACGUCCAAGCUUUCCUUCAGUCAACUCGCACCACCAUGACUUUACACCUAGCCUUACCCAUGACCCUCUGAUGGCAACAAGUCCUCGUAUACAGCGCAGCCCAACACCUGCAACAUCAAGCAGCUGGUGGCGGCAACCAUCAAUAACUGCUCACCCUCAAAAUAUGAACAAUACAGAUAUCUUUGGUAAUCCUUUACUAUGGCUACCUCAUGAGCAAGAACAUAUGAGAUCACAUGAAAACCUUACCUAUCAUAAUCCUACACAGGCUUAUCGAAACUUUGAUUUUCUAAAUGGAUCAUCACCAGGCAGUUAUUAUGCAUCAACCCCACGUUUCUUUCCAGAGCCAGCACACAGUUUACAUAGCAUGCCCACGCUAGGUAAAGAUAGACCGCUGGCUUGGGAAGACCGACUUGGAGGGCACAGUUUAAUGUUAGAUGUUAGUGGCAAUGGAUUUUCACCUUGGCAGGAUAUUCAUCAACAAAAGAUGGUUGACAGACAGAAACAAAUGCAAGAGGUGGAGGAGAAACGGAACACUAUGGGUUUGUCAAGUAAUAGGCCAACAAACUUCUCAGAAAGUAACUCAGCAAAAAGUCUGAAACAAAAUCACAAUACGGGCCCCCCAGCAAAUUCUAACGCGUCCCGAUUAAAAGUACAACCUGUUCCAAGUGAAUCAUGCCUUAAUGUACCUGUUAUCUCAAAUGAGACUCGUCACAAUAUUCCAGGCAUACCGAAUAAUUCACGACUUAAUUUACUUGGAAUGCCAAAUGACUCUCGCCUAAAAGUACCAGGAAUUACAAAUGAACAUCAUCUUAGGAUACCAUCAAUAUCCAGUGAAACUGGCUUUAACAUUCCAUCCCUAUCAAGCGAACCUAAACUUGAUAUACCUCCAAUUGCCAAUGAGUCUCAACUGAAUGACACACCACUAUCAGAUGACCUACGCCAUGGUGUAACAUCAAGUUCUGGAGACAGUAGACAUGGUAUAACCUCGAUUACUGGGGAUUCAAGAUUUGAUGUACCUUCAACACUUAUUACUGAAUCUAGACUCAAUACACCACCUUUGAUGCCAAAAGAGCCACAACAAAAUUUGCCUCCGAUGGCUAGUGAAUCCCAGCAAAAUGCACCCAAUCAUCAGCUUAAGCCUCUUGAAAAACCUAACUACUCUCAUGCAGAUACAAGUAUGCCUAUAACUAACAUUGGGAGGGCACAAGCAGAUAAAAAUGUUCAACAAGUGUCAUCUAGAUUGCGGGAGAGAGCUAUCAGUCCACCUAAACCUGAUAUACCUGUGAAUCUUGAACAGUAUAAACGAGAUGCACCAGUGACAAAUCAUGAUCAGUAUAAACGCGAUUCUGUUAUUAACACAUUGGAGAGCAAUACAACAAGUACAGCACCUAUUUUUUCACCACCUGCAUUAAUUAAAUCUUCUCCUGCUCCAAUUGCCAAACCCAGUCAACCAUCAAGUGCGUUACCUAGUCCCAACAAGUUGCCACCUGCCAGACCAACAGGUGGUAAGCCCCCGUUGUUGGAACGCUUUCGGGCAACCGCCAUCCCAAGGCCAGAUGGUGACAGUAGUAGUGAUGAUGGCAGUAGUGAUGGUGAUGAAGAGGAUGGUGAAUCAGGUAGUGACAGUGAUAGUGAUGAUGAUGGUAUCAGUGAGGAUGGUAAUUUUGAUUAUGAGGAUGAUGUCAAGGGGAAGAAACCACUGAUUGUAAAACCUCAUGCCCAGCCACUCCAACCACAACAGUUGAAACCAAAACAACAGCAACAACAUGUUAUUCAGCAGGAGCCAGAAGUGAGCAGUGAAAGUGAAAUUGAGAGUGGCAGUGGUGGAAGUGAAAGUAGUGAUGAUGACGAUGAAGAGGAUGAUGAUCAGGAUGGUGAUGCAGAAAGUAAUGAUGGUAAUCAGGACAGUGAUUUUUCUCAAGAUCAAACUUCUCCUGGAAAGAGAAAAUCCACAACUGAUUCAGGCCCACCUCGUAAAAGACGAGUAGUCGUCGUUGAUGAAGAACUAAUGAAGAUUCCUCUAGAAAAAGGGUGGAGACGUCAAACAAAGUUAAGACCAGCAGCUGGUAGUGGUGGUUUAAGAGGAGAUGUUUAUUAUUUUGCUCCAUGUGGGAAGAAAAUACGAACUUACCCUGAUGUGAAGAAGUAUAUUGAGAAGAAUGGAAUAACAGACAUGGACCUGGCACAUUUUAGCUUCAGCAUGAAACUUCAUCUUGGUGAAUUCUUAGAAUGCACUCAGGGUAACGAGUUCCGUGUUCUUACUGAAGAAGAAAUACAUGAGAGGAAAAGGUCAGAAAAACAGAAACAGGAAGAAAAGCAAGCGAGGUUGAAUAAAAAGAAGGAGAAAAAGAAAGAACAGCAAGAAAAUGCCAAGAAAGUUGCUGAAGCUAAGAUGCAUCGUCGACUUGAACGACAAGCUGCAGUUGAGGCCGCCAAGCAGGUUAAAUUGAGGAAAGCUCAAGAGAGAUUGCAACAGAAACUUGAAAAACAAGAAAUGCUUCAGGCCGCUAAACAGGCCAAAAAGGAAAGAGCUCGUUUGCUGGCCGAACAGAAGAGGAAAUCCAAAGAGGAAGUACGACAUUUAAAACAAUUGCAAAAGCUGCAAAAAAUCGAAAAACAGAAAUUGGAAAAGGAAGUGAAGGCUCAGCAACUCAUCGAGGCAAGAAAAAAGAAGAAAGAAGAUGUAGCUAACGCAAAAUACCAUGAAGCAAUGAGAAAAGCUAAGGAAAGAGAGUUGAAAAGACAACAAGUUGUUCUUCUUAAAGCACAGGAAAAAGAACGUCUUAAAGAAGAGAAGAGGAGGGCAAAGAAAUUAGUCAAAGAACGCAAAUUGGAACAAAAACGUAGGGAAAUGAUCUUAUCUCGUGAACUUAAGAAGCCUGUUGAAGACAUGGUAUUGAGAGACGCCAAGCCUUUGCCAGAACUGACAAGAGUAAAAGAUCUGAAGAUCUCGGGAAAUGCUUUUGCUGAUCUCUGCAUGGUCCAGGAAUUCCUCCACAACUUCGGCACAGCCUUGGAUAUUGAUUUUGAAAAUGAAGUACCAAGUAUGGCCGACAUGCAAGCGUCAUUACUGAAUGAAAACGACGAGGAUGUUAUUACACCAUUGUGUCAAACAAUGUUAUUAGCUGCUCUUGACGACCCGGGUGUGGAAGGACCAUGUGCUGAGACAGCACUUGGUGUGAAACUUGAUCAAGUGGAAGUAAACGAACAUAAUGUUUCUGAGGUCCUUCGAUUAUUCAUUCUGGCCCGAAAUGCUGAACCAAAUGAGAUUUCCGAUUCGUUAACGGAAAAGCCAUUCACUGCGCUGAGUCCAUCUCAAAAGGCUGGUUCGCUGGCUUUUAUAUGUAACGAGCUGUUAUGCGGUAGAACGAUAUGCAGGGAAAUCGAGAAUAAAAUCGAGUUCAUGUCUUCACUUCGACACAAUAAGUGGAUUGCCGAAGGAAAUCUUAGAAAAUUGAAGUCUCUACAGCAGCAAAAAUUCCCGGAUAGCAAGAUUCCCAAACCAGUGGCAUCAGAAGAAAAGAAGAGUCCAGGAAAGAAGGCUGGAGGUAGCACCACAACGGUAACGACACCAAAUGAGAAGGAACGGAAAAGGAAAGCUGUUGAAGAAGAGGAUGGAAGUGAAGGCAGCGAUGACGAUGAGGACGAUGAUGAGGAGGAUGAUGAUGAAAUAGAGGAAGAUGAAGAAGAAGAAGAUGAUGAUGCUGGGGAAGACGAUGAAGGAGGAGAUGAUGAAGAAGAUGAAUCCGAUAAUGACUCUGCUGAUGAGGAGAAAGCGGAACCAGAAACGUUGGAUGAGUUCGAAAGGCGAAUAAAGAGAUUAGAAAAGAAACAAGCUCAAUUUCGUUCAAAGUUGUUUAUAUCUUCUCAUUCGCUACGAGCCUUGUACUUGGGUCAAGACAGAUUUCGUCGCAUGUACUGGGUGCUACCAUACGGUGGAAGUUUAUAUAUUGAGGGCAAUGAUAAUGGCGAAACAGGCCUGGAACAUUUCGACUUGUCUAAGAUAAGCGAUGAACAUUCCGUCAUGGGUGGUAAGAACUACGGGGGUCAGCGUGUUUUUAGUCCAGGUUUGUCUCGGUGUAUAGACGAGAUGAAAGGGACUACAGGGGAGUCGCAAGGACAUUACAGAGGUUUCCAUGGAAACCUUAUGACUGGGACACGCGAUGAACAUUCCCCUAUGAAGCUGUUAAUGCAGCACGUUUCCUUGCAAGGAAAACAAAGCGGGGAAUGUUCCAGUAAUGGAUUAAAAUCGCCCACACAGGACAACCGCAACCAUUUGGCGCAAUUCCCGGAUCAUUCUACCUCGAUCGCCUCGGAGAGCACGAACUCUAGUACAUCAUCCCGCGGGGCGAAAGUAAUACUGGAAGGCGCGACAGGACCGUGGUUUGAUCUUUUACCGCGCGAGCCUUGUGAUAAAACUACCAUAACCAAUUGUUGGAUGCCGACCAUCAAUACGCAACGUAUCCCAUUAGAUGGUAGUGCACCACGAAGACCGGGCAGGCCUCCUAAACAACCUAAGAUAAGUGAGGGUGAAAGCUCAUCCGGUGUGGUCGAAGCCGCUGAAAAGAAAGUGGCAAUCACGCCCCCACCCGUCUAUCAAUUGCCGUCCGCACAACGCCCGCUUACACUCGAUGAGGUACGCCGUAGUGUCAUGGAAUCGUUACGCCAGGACCCAGCGCCUAUACCAAAAGAGAUGCAAUGCGGCUGGUGGAGGGUUAUGGACCAACGUCUUCUCAAGGACCUCACAAAGACGCUACAUCAAAGAGGCAUACGUGAGAAAAGUUUACAAAAGAACAUUCUAAAGUUCAACGAUUACACUCAUCACUCGUUCGAAAAGCAAGAAUUUCAAUUAUCAACCGAAGUGAACUCAAGUGACGAGGAAGAUGAACCGGUAAAGCCUGAGGGAGAUGAAUCUGACAAAGAAAUUGUCGACACUUGGUUCCCAGAUCAAGCUUUCGCUGCGAACAAAAAUAUUUUAAUCGAAGUCGAGGAACUUGAAGAAAAGAUAUUCGCGGCGAGUUUGCAGAUCAAGGGCUGGAGAUUACCUGCCAAGGCAUCGCAGACAUUAUCAUACAGUAGAAAAUCGGACGGUAGUAAGCCCGAGAGCUUAUGCGGUCUUCCUCUGACCAUCGCUAUCACACGCUUGGCGGCUCUUGAAGCUGGGAUUGAGCGAAGAUACUUGAAGUCGCCUUUACGAAAUGAUAAACUUCAAAUUCCCGCCAAUCUUACAAACGGUUCAAGCAGUAAGAAUGAAGAACAGAGUGCUGAAACAAGUGCACAGGUUCAGGGUGGUUCGAGCGAGAAAGAAGAAGUGAUCACACCAGCAUUGAAAUUAUGGCGAGAGACCGUGUCCGCAUGUCGUACACCUGCUCAGCUGUACAUGUGUUUGACAUUAUUAGCUGAUUGUAUUGCCUGGGCAAAAUCUAUUAUGAAAGUCUUCUGCCAGAUGUGUCGUAAAGGAGACAACGAAGAACUUCUUUUACUUUGUGACGGAUGCGAUCGUGGUUAUCACACCUAUUGCUGUCAGCCAAAACUUGAUACUAUCCCCCAGGGUGAUUGGUAUUGUACUGAUUGCAUUAUUAUGGCGACUGGUAAAAGUUGUUGUUUCAUGUGUCGUGGAACACAGGACAGACUUCUUCGUUGUACCCAAUGUCCAAGGAACUAUCAUCCACAAUGUGUUGAUCCACCACUUGCUAAAAUUCCACGUUGCUGGUCAUGUCCUAACUGUAAAAAGGUCAAGUCGAAAUCCCGCAGUCGUGCGUCGACAACGAGCCGUAAGAGGAAGAAACAGAUCCAAGCAGAGAGCGAAGCUCUAGAUGAGAAAAAUAGUUUGACCGAGGAGUCUCGACAGCAUUUGAACCGAAAACAAUGUUCCAAGGAUAUGGCACCAUGUCGAAGUUUGCUUGCCGAGAUGGAGAAACAUGAAGAUGCUUGGCCCUUCUUAGUUCCUGUCAAUCCAAAACAGUUUCCUGAGUACUAUACGAUAAUCCUAUCGCCAAUGGAUUUCCAUACCAUGAAAGUUAAACUACGGGAUUUUCAAUAUACUUCACGAGAGGAGUUUGCAGCUGACAGUCGUCUAGUAUUUGAUAACUGUAAUCACUAUAACGAAGAUGACUCCGAGGUUGGUCAAGCUGGAAAACGAUUACGAAAGUUCUUUGAGAAACGUUGGCAAGAAAUAUGUCAAGACUGUGAAUAAUCAAAGGUGUUUAGCAGACACGAAGUUCAUGUUUGAGGCGUCUAACGGUCACACUGAGGUGCUGUGUCCCUUUCGAACACGCAGUGGAUUUCCGACUAGCUAGGAGAUUGUGUUAGCCGAGGCCUUUUCUAAAAUGGACCUUUUAUACUAUCAUGUAAAUAUGUAUUGCUUAUAUGGCUUAUUGUAGGAGAUGUUUCGAGUUACUUGACCAAUUUCCUCUGUAAAAGACUGUUGACGUGUUAUAUAUAGUAUAACCAGCCGAAGCAGAGUAGAGAUUUUAGAACGACUGAGUCAGUGAGGGGAUAGAAGUUUUGACGUUUGUACUUAGGAAGUGUUUUUCCUAUUUGCUGUUUUUUAUAAUUUCUAAUUUGCUAUUAUUCCCUCACUGCUGUUUGAGUACCAUCUAGUGCGCUUUGCAAAACAAACCCCAUAAAACGAAGGUCUUUGACUUUGUCAUCGUUAUGUUUUCGGCAUAGCAUAUUGUUGAAAACUAUAUAACCGGUACCUGCCUUCUAGAGCCAGUCUUCGAGAUCCCACUUAGAAAUGCUGCAAAACUCAAAACAAUUUUUUGUGAGGGUUGUAUUUGAAAAGUUGUCUUUUAGCUUUGAAAAAGAAGGAAUUUGGUGUAAAGUUGAAUAUUUAAUGAAAUGGAAUAUUUUACUUGCAAUUGAUAUUGUACAUAUAACACUUUGUAGCAACUAUGUAAAUGAAUUUUUAAAUGUGUGAAUCUUGUAAUUCUGUAGUGAUUAAAAUUAAUGAUUUGUGAUUUUAGACAAUUGUAAACAAUUAUUCCUGAUAGGGUGGUGUCGAGGGCUGUAAGCCCGAAUAGGUGGAAAUACAUGGUAUAAAACGAGUAACGC